UUCAAUAUUGGCUUACUGUAACUGUGUUUUGUAAACACUGUUUAGGUUUUUAUCAUUAAAUCAACUGUUUCAAGUUCUGUUUAUUUAAUUCUUUGAGUUUAAUCAAAUAUUUUAAAUUUACUUUAAAACUUAAGAUUCUCAAUCAAUUUCGGCAUGGGUUUAAUACGGACAACAGUUAAGUAUGGUGUACCCUUAGGAUUUGUGUAUUGGACUGUCAAUGCGGGUGAAUGGAAGCCAAUGGAAUCAUCGGAAGAUUUGAAGAAGACUAGAUUUUUAUACAAGGAAUUUGAAACUGCCAAAUCUAAAAUUUGCCCUUAUGUUUCUCCUUACAUGCCUGAGAUCCCAUUAAACAAGGAAGAGCUAAUAGAAAGCUGGAACAGAAUUGUUAAAAAAGGAAUCUCAUCGAUGUCAACCAUAGAUUUGGUAGCUUCUAUGAAAAAAUUAAUGUCACAAUUUGAAAACACUACUCCGGCUCUCCCAGAACCUACAAAUUCGUCUGAAACCAAAUCUUGAAACAAUUAAUGUUAUAAGUUUUGUUGAAUAAUUAUAUUAAUAGUUUUAAACCUCUUUA